CCCCCCCCCUCCCCCGGAAGAGCCACAAUGAUGUCCUCAUCAUUCGCCCCGAGCCUCACCCGCCGCGACACCAAAUCCAGCAUCCAUGACAGCAGCAGCGGCAUUGGGCUCGGGCACAACGGCAGCACGGCGGGGACGCUGCCGCCGCCCCUGACGAGCACGAACGGGUCGUACGGCCCGCAGAGCGCGGCGGCGGUCUACCAGCACGUCCACGACAUGGCGGCGAAGCGCAUCUCGACGCUAGGGUACCUGCGGAAGGCGCACGAGGGGCGGAUCUACUGGUUCAACACGGUGCACUUCUCGCGGGCGGACAUCAGCCGGCUGGCGUACUUCGAGGCGCGCAAGCUGUCGCGGCGGGCGAUCAACUUCCUGCUGCUGGGGCUGUCGCUGCCCCCGAUCCUGGACGUCAGCACGACGCCCGUCGAGUUCCUGCGCGCCCUCAACGCCCUCCUCCUCGAGUUCGAGGCCUUCCAGCAGGUGCACCCGCCCGACGGUCCGCCCUCCUCCACCGCCUCCGCCCUCGCCCGCGCCCGCAUCCCCCAGAUGUUCAAGCGCGCCGCCCACGCCUCCGGCGCCUACUCCUCCAAGGCCCGCCGCGCCAGCUCCGCCACUGAGAUCGGCCUCCCCAUGCAGUCCUCCGACCCCUCCGACCUGAAAGCCAUGGCCGCCGCCGGCGCCUCCUCCGGCGCCUCCGCUUCCGCUCACCACCACCACGCUGCUGCCGCGGCUGCCUCCUCCGCCUCCUCCGCCUCCAUGGGCUUCCCGCACACCGAGGCCUCCGAACUCCUCCCCGGCGAGGAGUACACCUACCUGCUGACCCCCUUGCUCCCCUUCGAGCCGGACUACUUUGAGACCUUCGUCACGCUGUGCGACGUCCUGAUCGAUUGCUAUACCCGCCUGGUCUCGUUGGUGUACACCCCCAGUAUCUGCACCGUGGCCUUGGGCGAGAUGUUCUCCAAGGCCGAUGCGAAGAUCCGCAAGAUCAUGGUCGCAGGCAUCGUGCGCGAGUUCGAGGACUCGAGCCGCACGCAGGCCAAGACCGAGAUCGCCGGCGUGAGUCGCGUGGUCUUGGGCGGGCUGAUGGGAUAGCUAGCUAGUACCCUUGGGCCUUUCCC